AAUGUUUUGAAAACAUUUCCAAGUUCUUCUGGACAAUAUGAUUUAUUGCAGUUUGCGAGUGAUGUAAACAGUGCUUAAAAUGGUAAACCGAAGGGACAAACUGCUUGAAACAGUUGACAAUGGCAACUUAUCUGACCUCAUCAGUUUUGUUGCUCAGUGUGAAGUACGGGACCUGGGUGAAGUGUUUACAUCGUGCAGCAGAAAACAACAGGACCAUGUGUGGGAACGAGUGUACAGUAUGGUGUCAGCUCAUGGAGUCACUCAGGCACAGCCUGAUGAUCAUGAGAGAGCAGACAUACAUGAUGACAAUGAAGAAGAGAAUUCUGUCACCCUAUCCACCAUUGUCCAGUGUCUGACAAGUCUGAUUUCCUCAGUACUGCCAUGUACUGACACACUACAGAUACCCCAAGCCAUGGUUAAUACUGCUGCCCUAUUACAAGAUUUGUUGCCACGGAUACCUGUGGAUCACAGUGACAAGCUUUGGAACUCAACAGCAGGAGUGUUUGAGACUUGGUGGAAGAAGAACCUGCCCAGCAGAGAAAGACUUAUCAUGGCCAGCCUGGUGUUCUUAGUACAGAGAACUCUGGACCUCAAACCCAGGCCAUUGGUAUGUGACCUGAAGCGUGUAUGGUCGCUACAUGAGGCGAUGGGUCUGGUGGAUUUCACGUGCAGCACAAGCGCCGAGUUUCUCUCCAUGCUUCUACGUUGUUUUAUCUCGCCACUGUACUUGAGUCAUGACGAGGGGAUCAAGUUUCUGUCGUAUGUUAUGACCCUGGAUGAAGGAUUUACUGCCCAGAUCCACAGCACGGUGAAAAACAACAUCCUCUCCACUCCCAAUUCCUGGCAUGAGAAGUAUGGAGAGGUGUAUUUCCGGGCGUGGCAGGGGCAUGAGGAUGGGGCAAGGGAUCAGUUUGAGAGAACAUGUAUACAGGAUAUCAUGCACCAUGCAGUACAUGCGCAACUGAAGCUGUUCCCGCCCCUCAAACGUUUUCUAGGUUACAUCCAUGGCCAGAAGAAACAAAAGGGAAUGGAUGAGAUGUUGUGUCGCCUGUAUGGCCCCAUCAUGUGGAGGUCACUCAGGGUGGCGAACAGUCAGGUGCGGUCAAACACUGCGUCUCUGUUUUUCGAUGUGUUCCCACUGCAGGGUACAGACGCUGGGAUCCAGGAAGCAGACGCUUUCCUACAAAAACAGUUUGAUAUGCUCCAGGAGUUAUUGGAAGAUCCAUACCCCCAUGUUCGCAGUCUCUCAGUGCUUGGUGUGUUUCGAAUAAUGAGGGAUUUCUGGGAGGUUAUUCCACAGGAAACGCUGAAAAACCUCACUGUUAAACUCAUACAUGACAUGCUUAAUGAUGCCAGCUCUUCUGAUGUACGGGAAAGUGUCAUCAAGGGCCUCACUGUCCUGCUGGAGAACCCCCUGUGUCACCCGUUCCUGAAGCCACUACUUCCUGAGAUACAUAAUCACUUCCAUGACGUGUCGGAAAGUGUCCGCAUAGCCAUGCUGAAUCUCUUGUGUUCUGUCAAGUCCCUAAGAACUAUCAAGUACUGGAACAUUGUGCCCCUGGAACAUCUGCUGGCUAGAUUGGUGAUCGACUCUGAACCAGUCAACAAGAGAAUUGUCAAGCUGAUCUUCUCCAACUUUGUGCCCAUUGAGGCCACAAAUGAUGUGAAGGUAUCGCGAUGUGUGAUGCUGAUCGAGACAAACCCUGCAGCUGCCAGGCAGUUCUACAGAUAUGCCAAACAUCACAUGAACAUUGAUGACAUAGUGAGCUACAUAACGAUGCUGUGUAAAGCUGUCCUGUAUACCAUCAAGCGAGCUGGAGCCUCAAGUUCACAACCACAGGAUGACUCUGGUGCAUUGGGAGAGGAUGGUAACGAUGAUAAUGAACAAGAAGAGGAUGACCCCCUGAGGCUUGAAAACACCCCAGUCAUGUUAGGACUGUGUGAGACCAUGUGUAUACUCUGGGCAUUUAAUGUGAACACAUUGAAAAAGGCUUCCAAUGCAGACCUGAAUAAAACUCUGAUGAAGAAGUUCAGCUAUGCUCUACCAGAGAUGUUCCAGGCUUUUACUGACAGUCAUAUAACUGAUGAUCUUCUACAACUGGCAGGCUUCCUACCUCCAAAACACAUACCCACCAUCAGUCGUUCAUGGGUGCCUCGCUUACGUCGUAUGACAUCCGACAACACAGAAGAGGAGUAUGGGACACUGGUGGAAUGUUUGUGCAAGACUGGACAGGUUGCCUCGGUGAUGGAACUCAUCACAGACUGGCUACAACCCACACUUAACGCAGUAAAACCAAAUGAAGAUCGGACAGGAAACAAGAAAAAGAAGUCCCGACCACGUGUGGGAUUCGUAGAACAGACCAAUCCGCAACCUGGCCUUGGUGUUGCCAUACUGGGCUACAUGCUUGGGCAGAUCCCAACCCAGGGGGUGACCUUGACCUAUAUACAGCAGAACCCGGAAUAUAGGGAUCUGUUAAGGAAGUCCAUGGAUCAGCUCACAGAAGUCCUGGAAGGAAGGGCCCCGCUUGUAAAUGAGAAUCUACUGGUGGAAACAUUCAGCCGUUACUGUAAACUGCUGUUACUACUACAUGGACAGGACCAGAGAGAGUUCAGCUGUGUGCCAGGUUAUGUGGAAAUUCUGGCCUGGGCAGACAAGCAUGCAGUUCCCGUGCUCGGGGUGAAAAAUGAGCAUGGGCAAACCAAGGAGGGGCAGAGUCAGCUAGCUGUCAUCGUUUUAAAAGAGAUAUUUCAAGCCUUUAAUAACAUGUUCCUGAUUGGUGUCGGCGAGACGCUUGGUGUUAAAGUUGCAGAUUUCUGCACCGCGUGCCUAGCUAAUGAUUCGGAGCUGGAGCUCCUAUCUAGUGUGAUGUUGUGUAUGUACCAACUCACCGAACUUGCCAAAUAUCAUGACCUUUGUGACCCCAGCGACCAUGAUGAUGAAGAUGACCCUGGUAACCAAGGUGACAAAAGUGCAUCUGGCAUUUUUCCAGCAGAAACUAUGUCCACUGCCCUGGGAAGAGUGUUUGUAAACAUUGCUGGAUAUGUAAAACACCAUCCCACAGACUGCCAUAAGGUACUGGAUGGGGUAAAGACCCACAUGACAGAACUUCUUCUGACAGUGUCAGCACGCAGUUGCCUUGAUGACACAGUGCUCCAUGACGUCAUGGCAACCAUUAUGGCAGCGGUGUGGGCAGAGCUUGUUUUCUACAGCAGACAGGAUGAUCUAGAAGAGGAAUCUCACAUUACAACAUUACCGCCUCUGGCUUCAUGGAUGGUGGACAUUUUGGCUCGAAGACAAUUACUUCUCAAGUACUUCAUGUCAGAGCUACAUGACUGCUGUGACACAGGCAAUGUCUCUGACCUCUACAGCGUGCAUGGGGCUGUACAUCUGAUGACUGCUGUGGUUAAUGACUACGGGCGAAAUGUUUUAAGUCUGAAAGAACUGUGGACCAUGCUACUCACACAGACAGACACACUCACGAACAGCCUUGCUGAGGAGGAUCUGGAAGACUUGAAGUCGGUAAGGAUUUCUGUUGAAACAAAACUGAAGUUGUGCCAGGAAGCUCUUGGGAUGGUUCCACCGUAAAACUGCCUUUAAAUCCCUAUAUUGUGCCUGUGCCUAAUGAGACUAUAUCACAAAUGUUGUGACCAUUAUGAAAUUAUGUAAUUAUUUAUUUUCAAUAUACAAUGUAAAACUAUUAUAAUAACUCGUUGAUGUGAAGUCAUGAAUUUAUAUCAUUGUAAAUUGAGUGAUAUAUGAUCAAUUUAGCGCUAUAAAUCUUUAAUUAGUAUUUUAUAAUAUAAAUAGAAUAUCACCUUCAUGAUCAUUUAUAAUCUUAAAGGGACUGUACACCAGAUUGACACCAAAAAAAGUUUUUUUCUGUAACAAAUCUCAGGACAAUUAUUUGAUAAAAUGUUUUACUCUUUGAUAUCAUAAUUGUAAAAAAAAUACCAAAAUGUAAAAACAAAAAUCUAGUCGAAAACCGGGUUCGAAACCAGUGUCACCAAAAUUCCAGUCCAGUACCCUAAACGGUUGGAAUAUUUAAGCUAUAUACCUAACUUGGUAAUAUCAUGUGAUAGCAUCGACUAGCCAAUCAGGCAUAAGGAAUGAAUUCUACUAGGUAGACAUACCUAGUAAUCUUUUUUAAAGAAAAAAUACGAAAAAACUGCUAAAAGUAAAUAAAUUGUAAACUAUGUGGUACUUCAGUAAGUAAGUUUCAAUGCAUUGUACACAUCGAUACCAAGUUUAUGUCAGUUUUCAACAAUUUUCUUUUUUUUUCCGCUAUUUUAUAAUAUGGAGUACAGCCCCCUUCAAGUUGAUAAAAAUAAACCAAGGCUUUGUAUUUUAUUCUGCCUGCUUGUCGCAAAAUAAUUUUUGUCUUAGUAAUGCAAAAAUAUGUAACACAAAAUAUAAAAAGACAUUAUAAUACAUGUUUUAAUUAAUAAUAAUAAAUAUCUAUCUGGAAACGGUUUAUGAAAAAAGAAAAACUAAUCGUACGAACAGCCUUUUGGUAUUAUUGCAACUUCUUUUUAGAUUUGUAUUUCUUACUUUUAUACUGUAAAGUCGCAGUAAACUAUGUUGUAUACCAUGGUUAGGUAGCGUUCACUGUUUGAAGUUUUUAUCUAUGGUUAAUAAUCAAAUAAUAAAACUAUUUUUAAGCCACUUAUAUAGUGUUGUUAUGUGAUAUUUGAAUGUUUUAUGGGUGAAAAGUGUACAGUUUAUAAGUAAAAUGUAUUGAUUGCUGUGCAAAAAAAUGUUAAUAAUGUAGACUGAUACGUUUUCCUUGUAUAACAAUGUUAAUGGUUUAAGAUGGUUAAUGGUUUGUAAAAUUUACAUGUAACUGACUUUAAUGCUCGAAAUAAAAUUGAAGCACUUAAA